UUUGACAGAGCUAUAAAUGUUGGGUGUGGGCUUCGUCUCAGCUCACAUCUCUUUAGAACGGUAGGCCCAACGAAAAGGUGAGAAGAUAGGAUCAAAAUAUCUAUCGACGAAAUUUACGAUGUUUCGUGUUUUAUGAUCUCUUCUCGGUAUAUGACAUCAUCUUCUACUAAUCAAUUUUGUCGACAAGAAAAGGGAAAGCCGUGCUUCUUCUGAUCUACCUUCUGCUCCUUCCCGAAGUAAAAAGUUCCUGUCUCUACCAUGGGAGUUAUCGACGAAGACGACAUCGUCGUCAGCGGCAUAUCCGGACGUCUCCCGGAGUCGGAUAACCUAGAGGAAUUCUGGGAGCAUCUCAUGAACAAGGACAACCUUGUGACAAUUGAUGACAGAAGAUGGGAACCAGGAUUGUUUGGGCUGCCACCUCGCAAUGGAAAGCUGAAGGAUCUAUCCCGCUUCGAUGCCACCUACUUUGGAGUUCACGCCAAACAAGCUAACACCAUGGAUCCUCAACUAAGGAUCCUCCUGGAGGUUGCCUAUGAGGCCAUUGUAGAUGGAGGUAUUGAUCCGCAGUCUAUACGUGGGACCAAGACCGGUGUCUACAUUGGUUGCAGUGUGGCGGAUGCAUCCGAGGCUUUUGGUAGUGAUGCCGACACUUUGGUGGGCUACAGUGUUACUGGUACUAACCGAGCCAUGCUGGCUAACAGGAUGUCAUAUUCCUUUGAUUUCAGAGGUCCAAGUUACUCUGUGGACACAGCAUGUUCAUCAGGCUUCAUGGCCCUGCACAAUGCCAUCCAGGACAUGCGACGAGGGGACUGUGAUGCAGCCAUUGUAGGAGCUAGCAACCUCCUGGUAAAACCCCAGAGCUCUGUGCAGUUUCUUAAGCUUGGUGUCCUAUCGCCAGAUGGACAGUCCAAAUCUUUUGACAUUUCCGGCAAUGGCUACUGUCGAUCGGAAGGCAUAGUGGCAUUGUACAUCACAAGGAAAUCAGUUUGUAAGAGAGCAUAUGGAAGUCUGGUUCACUCUGGCACCAAUACAGAUGGAUACAAAGAACAAGGAGUGACCUAUCCAUCAGGGGAUGUCCAACAGAGUCUCCUUCGACAAUUGUAUGGUGAGGCGCAGAUCAACAUUGAUGAUGUGGAGUACUUUGAGGCUCAUGGCACAGGAACCAAGGUUGGUGAUCCUGAAGAGACUAAUGGCAUAGCUGCAGUCUUCUGUCAGGAUCGUACUCCAAGUAAGCCACUCUUGAUUGGCUCUGUCAAGUCCAACAUGGGCCACAGCGAGCCCACAUCUGGUCUUGCUGCUCUCGCCAAGGUCCUGUGGGCAAUCAAUAAAGGGAUCAUCCCACCCAACAUCCACUUCAACGAACCAAACCCUGACAUCUCUGCAUUAAAGGAUGGGCGGAUGAAGGUAGUUACUGAACCAACCCCUUAUAAUGGAGGCUACGUUGGCGUCAGCUCCUUUGGGUUUGGUGGAUCCAAUGUCCAUGUCAUAGUGAAACCGUUCGAGAAGUCCAAGGAGGUGGAAACGAAAGGGCCAUCUUCACCACGCCUUGUCCUCUGCGCUUCUCGCACUGAAGAAGGUGUCCAAGAACAGAUCAGCCACCUUGAGAAGAACCAGAAGAGUGUAGAACUGCAGAGUCUGUAUGACCAGAUUGCAAAUGCACCACUCAAUGGCAUGCCUUAUAGGGGUUACACAUUGAUUGGGUCAGAGCAAAGAUCAGAGGUCAAGCAAGUGUCACCACCAGAAAGGAGACCCAUAUGGUAUGUGUUUUCAGGCAUGGGCUCUCAGUGGGCAGGUAUGGGCAAGGAUCUGAUGGUCCUGGAGCCUUUUAGAGAGACCAUUGACUACCUUCAUGAUGUCCUCAAAAAGGAAGAUGAAUCUAUGAACCUCAAAGGCAUCAUCUUGGAAGGGAGGGAAGAACUUCUGCAGUCUACCAUCAACUCAUUUUCCGCCAUUGCUAGCAUCCAUGUCGCCUUGGUCAAUUGUCUUAAGGCUAUUGGAAUUGAACCUGAUGGCAUGAUUGGACAUUCUGUUGGUGAGCUUGGCUGUGGCUAUGCUGACGAGAGUCUCUCAGCCGAAGAGACUGUUCUUGCUGCGUACUGGAGAGGGCGCUGUGUUAUGGAGGCUGAGCUUCCCCCAGGGGCAAUGGCAGCUAUUGGCUUGACAUGGGAAGAGACAAAACAGAGAGUUCCUCCUGGGGUGGUCCCAGCCUGUCACAACGCUGAAGACACCGUCACCAUCUCAGGAGACAGGGAAUCAGUGGAGAAGUUUGUUGCAGAGCUGCAGGAGGAGGGUGUCUUUGCUAGGUCCGUGAACAGUGCCAACGUGGCCUUCCACUCCCCUCACAUGGUACAGAUUGCACCCAUACUACUAGAAGCACUGGAACGGGUCAUCACUAACCAUCGGCCUCCAUCCAACCGCUGGAUCAGCACCUCAAUGACCUCUCCGUCAGAUGACCUUUGCCCUCCGCCCUCUGACAUGUCAUUGGCUGCCUACCAGGUCAACAACCUGGUCAGUCCAGUGCUCUUCAGGGAAGGCCUGGCCAAGAUUCCAGACAAUGCUGUCACCAUUGAGAUUGCUCCUCAUUGUCUGCUGCAGGCAAUCUUGAAGAGAACCCUUUCAAGCAAGGUUGAGUUCCUUAGCCUCAUGAACCGCAAGAAAACCAACAACCUUGAUUUCUUCCUCACAAACCUUGGUAAGCUCUAUACCUGUGGGAUUGAUGUGAAUCUGGAGAGCUUGUACCCUGCGGUAGACUUUCCAGUAUCCGUUAGCACGCCCUCUAUCGCUCCUGCCAUCAGAUGGGAUCAUUCCCAAGAAUGGGAUAUCCCAAGGGUGGAGGACUUCCUGAAGCAGGGGGGUAGCAGCCCAACUGUGACAAAAUUUACAAUUGAUGUGUCUCCUGAGUCAGAGGACAGCUUCAUCAAGGAUCAUUGCAUCGAUGGACGCGUACUGUACCCCGCCACCGGGUAUCUGUGCCUUGCUUGGCGUGCUUUGGCCAGGAUGAAGAAUACCAUGCCCAAUCUGAUGCCGGUAGAGUUCAAAGACAUCACAAUACACCAGGCAACCAUUGUACCCAAAACAGGUACCAUUGACCUGGAGGUCCGCAUUGCUCCUGGCUCAAACUCCUUUGAGGUAGGCGACGGAGAUCAGCUGGCUGUAUCUGGUAAGAUCUUCAUCCCAGAUUCUCCUCUUGCAGAAAGAGCUCCUGCAGGAGACUCUGCCUUGGCUGGAGCCAUUGUCCUGGAGAAAGGCGAUGUCUACAAGGAGUUGAGACUCCGAGGGUAUGAGUAUGGUCCAGAGUUCCAGGGUAUCAUCAAAGUCAAAGAUGAUGGAAGCGAAGGCACCCUUGCGUGGUCUGGUAAUUGGGUGAGUUUCACAGACACCAUGCUCCAAGUUACCAUUCUCAACCGUCAGAGAGGAAUCCGGUGUCUCCGCCUACCAACCCGCAUCAGACGCAUCUCAAUCAACCCCACCCUUGUGGAUGUGGAAGUUGAUGGAAUGCAAGCGAUGAAGGUCACUGUUGACAAAUUCACUGACACCUGCAGAGCUGGAGGUGUGGAAAUCUCAGGUCUGCAUGCCACAGUGGCACCAAAGAGACAUGCACAGCAUGCACCCCCGCUUGUAGAGGACUUCUGCUUUGUGCCCUACAAUGAAGACAACCUUCAGUCCAAAGACAGUAUCCUCAAGGAAUAUAGCAGUGUCUGUGCGAGGUAUGCCCAGAAAGUCCUGGAGGUGACCAGGAAGAAGUUUAUUGCAGCUGGGAUUGAAUUCCCAUUCCGAGAUGUCAAGCAGGUGGUCUGCUGCACCUUCAGUGAGGAUGAGCUGAAGCCAUUCUUGGAGAAACCUGAGUACAGUUACUUGAAUGCACUGCAGAAGAUUAGUGAGCUUGAGAAAAAAGAUGGCAUUUUGAGGGACAUGCUGGAGAUUCUUGAAGAGGGUUGCAAGGAUGAUGUUCUAAUGCGAGGACUUGUUCAAGGGAAGCACUUCAAGAAUGCCUUGGAUGUUGUUUGGGAGAACACAAGAUCAUUGAAGAUGAAAUUGCUCGAGAUUGGUGCCCUUAAAGGCCAGCUCUACCCAAGGGCCAUCUCUUGCCUGCACUCACAACCCACAACUGAGCUUGAGUUUUCCAUUGCUGAAGCAGAGAAAAAGAAGCUGGAGGAAGCCUCUGAAGAACUUGAGGCAAUGCACAUCAAAAGCCACCUCUGGGACAUUGCAACAACACCCACAAAUGGACUGACUGGAUCUGAUCUUAUCCUUGUAGAUGGACUGACCAGACAGACCUCUAAUCUGAAGGAAGCAUUGUCCAACAUCCACGCAGCGCUCAGGGAUGAUGGGUUUGUUUUACUUCAUGACAUCACCUGCAACCAAUCUCCAUCGGGUGCCAAUGUCUUGCCCUUUGACUCCCGCGCCAUCAUCUCUGAACAGGAGUACAUUCUGGCUAUCAAGGAUCAUGGCUUUGAGGUCAUUUCGGUAAAGAGCAGUGGCCUCUUGACCACUCUAUUCCUCUGCCGCAAGGUGGCCACCAGCAUCACCAACGACCCAUCCCCAUUCAUAUUGAACAUUGAUGAUGAGACCUACUCUUGGGUGACUGACCUACAGGAAAAGAUGUUAGAGUAUGAGGAAAAGCCAUCAAAAGAGAACAUCUGGCUCCUUUCGGACAGAGCCUAUCACAGCGGCAUUGUGGGAUUGACAAACUGCCUCAAACAGGAACAAGGAGGUGAAAGAAUAAGGUGUAUAUUCAAUGCAACCCCGGAGUCUUCAUCUCUUGACUUGAGCCAGUUGGAUAAACACACAAGACAAAUCUUCAGUCAAGACCUUGUCAUGAAUGUUUUGAAGGAUGGACAAUGGGGAUCAUACAGACACAACUUGUUGGAAACCUCUCCUGACAACGCAAGAGUGGAGACCUGCCAUGCCUAUGUCAACACGUUGACAAGAGGUGACCUUUCAACCCUGAGAUGGGUGGCCUCACCUAUGACCUACAUGACCCCUGAGCAGCUCCCUUCAGAUGUUUCCAUGUGCAGUGUCUACUAUGCAUCUCUCAACUUCAGAGAUAUCAUGCUUGCGACAGGGAAGCUGCCACCGGAUGCGCUACCUGCUGAACUUGCCCAGAAGGAGUGCAUUCUAGGUCUAGAGUUCUCUGGUCGCCUUGGCAACGGGAGACGGGUGAUGGGACUGGUACAGAGCGAUGGUCUAGCUACUUCGGUAGCGGCAGAGAAUCAUCUUCUCUUUGACAUCCCUGAUGCAUGGUCCCUGGAAGAGGCAGCAACUGUCCCUGUGGUCUACUGCACCGCCUACUAUGCAUUGGUCGUCCGAGGGCAGCUGAGGAAAGGAGAUACCGUGUUGAUUCACUCCGGUUCUGGUGGGGUGGGGCAAGCUGCCAUCGGCAUCGCCCUCAGCUAUGGCUGCAGGGUCUUUACAACAUGUGGCACCAAGGAAAAGAGGGACUUCUUGAAACUUCGCUUCCCGCAGCUGUCUGAUGGCUGCUUUGCUAACUCCCGUGAUCUGACCUUCGAACCUCACAUCAUGAAAGAGACCAAUGGAAGAGGUGUUGAUGUUGUGCUGAAUUCACUAGCCGCAGAGAAGUUAGAAGCAAGUCUGAGGCUGCUGGCCAUGCACGGACGGUUCCUGGAGAUUGGAAAGUAUGAUCUUUCACAAAAUACUGGACUGGGCAUGGCCUUGUUUUUGAAGAACACCUCCUUCCAUGGCGUGCACUUGGACCGGCUAAUGGACGCCGGCAACCCGGACUGGCCGACCGUCGCUCGCCUCAUGAAGGAUGGCAUUGCAUCGGGAGUAGUGCGCCCUCUCCAGGCUACCACAUUCCAACGAGAUGACGUGGAACUGGCAUUCCGUUUCAUGGCUCAAGGAAAGCAUAUUGGAAAGGUUCUAAUACAGGUCAGACCAGAAGAGCAGGAGAAGAUGGUGGCACCCUUGCCUCAAAAGUUCUCCGCUGUGGCCAAAAACAACUGCCACCCUUGCCGGGUAUAUAUCAUCACUGGUGGUCUGGGAGGCUUUGGUCUUGAGCUUGCUCAGUGGCUGGUAGACAGAGGAGCCAAGAGCCUUGUAUUGACAUCCCGAUCUGGGGUAAGGACUGGUUAUCAAGCCCAUCGUGUCGCCUGCUGGGAGGAACAAGGCAUCAGGGUUCUUGUUUCUAAGAGGGAUGUCAGCCGACAGGAGGAGGCGGAGCUUCUCAUCCGGGAAAGCCAACAGAUGGGAGCUAUCGGUGGCAUAUUUAACUUGGCAAUGGUAUUGAGGGAUGGCCUCUUUGAGAACCAGACACCGGAAACCUUCCAGCAAUGCUGCAACCCAAAGGUCAAAGGCACGGUGAACCUCGACCUCGUGACCCGACGGCUGUGCGGCCAGGAACUGGAGUGGUUCGUCAUGUUCUCAUCGGUCAGCUGUGGGCGUGGCAAUGCUGGACAGAGCAACUAUGGCUUUGCUAACUCCUCAAUGGAGAGGGUGUGUGAAAGGAGGAGGGAAGAUGGACUUCCAGGUUUAGCCAUUCAGUGGGGAGUUAUUGGUGACGUCGGCGUUGUUGUCGAUACCAUGGGUGGCAACGAAACUGUGAUCGGUGGAUGUGUGUCUCAACGAAUGCCAUCCUGUCUGGCAACCCUUGACUGCUUCCUGUCACAGUCAAGCCCUGUGGUUUCCUCGAUCGUGCCUGCGGAGCGUGUGGAUGCAACCAGCAGCCAAGGUUCCAGUGUGAGCCUUGUGGACUCUGUAGCACACAUCUUGGGUCUGAGUGACCCUGGAAGCGUUAGCCAGGAUGCUUCCCUAUCUGACCUUGGUCUGGAUUCCUUGAUGGGGGUGGAAGUCAAACAGACCCUGGAGAGGGACUACAGCAUCCAGAUGGGAAUGAAAGAACUGCGCCAACUCACCAUGCGCAAGUUGGCUGACCUUUCCUCUGGCGGCAACUCAUCCACUCCCGGAAUGGACGCCGUAGAUGCUCCAGCUGCUGCAAACGAUGCCGAUGAAGGCAAGCAGUUUGCCAAAGUCUUCAGCAACUCUCCAUCGAUGCUUUCCGCCUCUGACAAGGACACUGUCAUCAAGAUGAACGACAUCUCCAAUGAGAAUCUCUUGCCAGUGUUUCUCCUGCAUCCUAUUGAGGGCUCGCUCUCCAUAUACAUCGAAUUUGCCAAGCAGAUACCUCUGCCCUGCUACGGGGUGCAGUUCACACCUGCUGUCCUCAAUAAAUCCAUUCCAGAAAUGGCAGCAUACUAUGUGGAACAGAUCAGGAAGGUCCAAAGACACGGUCCAUAUCGCUUUGUUGGUUUGUCCUACGGUGCAUGCUUGGCUCUUGAGAUGGCCUUCAUUCUAGAAGCUUCUGGUGAAGAGGUCAAUCCCUUGAUCUCUCUUGAUGGGGCACCCGCUUACCUGUCAUGCCACACUGACUUCUUCCACAAGAAGUUCUCAGGAGAGAAGACAAAAGAUGGGAAGGAACUUGGAAAGGAUGCCAGCAAAGAUGUCGGCAGCCUUCUGACUUUUGCUAUGCAACAUACGCAAGCCAAAUGGCAAGAGCUGAAAGAACAGCUUAUGGACUUGAAAAGAUCUGACGACCAGUAUGAUCUGGUGAAGUCGAAGAUCACGGAGGCCCAGCCCGAUCUGAGCCAAGAGGACAUUGUGUUCUCCAUGGAGGGAUUUGUUCAGCGGACCAAGUCAUGCCUAGGCUACAACCCCAAGGGGAAACAUCAAGGAGACAUCAUCUUUGUGAAGGCAUCGCAUGGGUCAGAGAUCAUGUCUGCGUAUGGAUUGAGUGAAGAUUAUGAACUAGGCAAGUACUGCACUGGGAAGCUUCACAUCGGUGUAGCAGAGGGAGAACAUGGCACCAUUCUUCAGGGACCCGGACUUGUCACCAUUAUACCUACAGUCAAGCAAGCCCUUGGCAUUCUGGAAUAAAGAGCCCAAAGCUAUCCAAUCCUGGCCAAACAAUCCUUGCCAGCAGCAAUUUUACAUUCAUGUUCUAUUUGAUUUGACAUUGAUGAGAAGGUGAUUAUUUGAUAAUCAUUCCAUGAUUCGAGCUAGGUUUGGAGCUUUUCCAACAUCUCAUGAUAAAUGAAGGCCUAUCUAUAUACUGAUAUUAUUCUUAUAUGUUUGGGUUUGAUAUUACA